UGGGGCGACCGAACCCUGCUUGCCUCUUUCCAGCAUCAUCGCUUGGUUUGGUUGAUAGGUGACCCGGAAGUUAAGUGCAGAGACGGCUAGAGCUCCAAAUAGUCUAUAUUUUAUUUUUAAGUAGGAAUCCAUCCAUCCUUCACUUACCGAAGCCUUACACCGUUUUUCGGUAGAAGUUUUGAGGUGCAUUUUCAUUGGUUAAAAAAAUGACUACUCUUGAAAGUUUAGAUACAAAAGUCACCCUUACUCCAACCCCAGUCCGAGGAGCAGGAGAUGGAAUGGAAACUGAGGAGUCACCUAAAUCUGUUGAAGUUACCUCUGGGGUCCAACCCAUAAAUCAUCACAUCCUUCAGAAUCCACGGAAGAAAGCAGUUCCAGGAGAAAGCCCAGGAGUUCUUCAGCUAGGAAAAAUUCUCACUGAAAAAGCAGUGGAAGUCGAAGCUGUAAGAAUAUUAGUUCCUAAAGCUGCUAUAACCCACAACAUCCCCAACAAGAAUGCAAAGGUUAAGUCUCUGGGACAUCAUAGAGGAGAAUUCCUUGGCCAGUCAGAAGGAAUCGUAGAACCCAGAAAGGAACUAUCAGAGGUAAAGAAUAUAUUGGAAAAGCUCAAGAACUCUGAAAGGAGGUUACUACAGGACAAAGAAGGUCUUUCAAACCAGCUCAGAGUACAGACAGAGGUCAAUCGUGAGUUAAAAAAGUUGCUAGUGGCUUCUGUUGGGGAUGACCUUCAGUAUCAUUUUGAACGUCUAUCUCGUGAGAAAAAUCAGCUUAUUUUAGAAAAUGAAGCCUUAGGUCAAAACACAGCUCAACUUUCUGAACAGCUAGAACGUAUGUCAAUACAGUGUGAUGUGUGGCGGAGUAAAUUCCUCGCAAGCAGGGUUAUGGCAGAUGAGUUAACCAAUUCCAGAGCAGGUUUACAGCGUCAAAACCGUGAUGCACAGAGUGCUAUUCAAGAUCUCCUGAGUGAACGGGAACAGUUUCGUCAGGAAAUGAUAGCUACCCAGAAAUUGUUGGAGGAGCUGCUAGUGUCCUUGCAAUGGGGAAGAGAGCAAACUUACUACCCUAGUACACAACCUCACACCACAGCAGAACUGGCAUUAACAAAUCACAAGUUGGCAAAAGCAGUAAAUGCUCAUUUGCUGGGAAAUGUUGGCACUAACAGUCAAAAAAAGAUUCCAUCAGUGGUUGAAUUCUGCAGCACCCCAGCAGAAAAAAUGGCUGAAACGGUUCUACGCAUUUUGGAUCCAGUUACCUGUACAGAAAGGUCACCUGAUAAUCCAUUUUCUGAGUCUUCACCAACUGCCUUACUUACGACAAAGAAAAAUAUUGGACGAUUUCAUCCCUAUACUAGAUAUGAAAAUAUAACUUUCAAUUGCUGCAAUCACUGCCAGGGAGAACUUAUUGUCCUUUAACAUUCAGUAUGUUGGAGGCAGGCUACAAGCACUUGCUUCUUACCCAAGAGUCAUUAUUAUUUAGGAGCUGGAGUUCUUACAAUGAUAGAAUGUCCCUUUCUAUUUAAGUAAUAUAUAUCCCCAAAGAUGUUUCAUGUCCUGGACCAUAGAUUACCCUUUCUUAAUAAAUAUCUCAGGGUAAGAAAAGAAUGAAACUGUGUAGAUAUAUUUAAAGUAGAUGAUACUUUCCAGGCUUACAUGAUGCUUUUCCUAAAGGACUCUGAAAGAAAAAGAUCCUACCUUUAUUUUAGGCCGUAAGUUAUAUCUUGCUAUGUAUUUAAUAAAAGCAAAUUAAAUAUUGGUACUCUAAUGCAGGGUGGGUCAUAUGCAACUACACCCAUUCAUUUACUGUUGCCUAUAGUUGUUGGGUGCUUUUUUUUUUUUUUUUUUGACAACUACAGAAUUGAAUAGAUGCAACAGGUCUUGUAUGGCCUGUAAAACUUAAAAUAUCAUAUCUGGCCCUUUAUAGGAAAAUUUUUCUGGUGCCCACUCUAAAGGAAUAAUAGCUGGUAGGGGGAUAAGUAGAGGGAGUGUCCAUUUUUUUUUUGGACUACAAAGGCGGUUUAUGGAAAUACCAUGGGUGAAAGGACUUAUAUUUUAAAACUAAAUGCUAUAUGUUAAGGAAAUUCAAAGCAUUUUAUAGCUACAUUAGCAAGUCUUUCAGCAAAACUUAUUCUCAUGUUGGUUUUGUGUGGGGAAUUCCAUAGUUUGAAUGGAUGCAACAUGACAUAUAUAAGAGAAAUAGAUUUUACUGAGCUUAUUUUGACAAAUGCAAUACAAUAGGAAUAUCUGAUUUGAUAUAAAAUAUAAUGGAAAUAGUAGGAUCUUUCUAGAACAUUGUACAAAUUCAAGAUGCAACCCAUUAAUAAUUUAUAUUAAUAUAUAUUAUUGUAUAUUUAUGACAGACCAUCAUGAAACACCCCUUUAUAGACCUUUAAAAAUAUCCAUAAUAUGUUUAUACCAAAUUACACUAUAUUAUGUGCAGAAUUGCUUAUCAAAAGAGAAAUCUUCUGAAGACAAAUCUGGUGAAAUAACAUUUUAAUGUCAACUUAGUUAUUCUUUUUGUCUGAUUCAUCUGAGUUAUACUUUGAAAUGGCAAUAAAUUUCUCUACAUUCUUUAUUUUGAAUAUUGA